CCGCUUUCUUCACAAAUCAAAUUAGACACAACCAAAGAAACUUCCAUUCGGAAAGAGAAAGACAAAGACACAGAGACGGAGAGGGAGAGACAAAAAAGAAACAAAACUUUGAAACAUUCAUAUUUCCAUAUCAUACAUGUCGUAUUCGCAUGGCAAUUAUGGCCCUCUGAUUCAUUUUUCUCAUCUGGGUUUUAGCUAUCGAUGAUUUUUCUUAAACAAAGCUUGAAACUUUUCUUAAGAAACAAAGCUUGAAACUUUUCUUUUCAAUGUGAAAGAAGUACUUCAAAGAAAGAGCAUGGAAAUGUAAAAAAGAAGGGAAAAAAAAAAGGAAAAAAGAAAAAAAAAAAAAAGAAAAGAAAAAAAAAAAGCACUCAUGAUGAACAAAGAGAGCGGAGUGUUUAAGGCUUGGGAAGCCACGGUGAGAAAGACUCAGGCAGCGAAGAAGCGAGCCAACAGCAUAUUUGGAUCCAUUUCGGUGGCCAAUGUGGAAGACGAUGAUGACGACGACAACGACGAAGACAACAACAACAACAACAACAACAAUGGAAGCAGUGGCACCACCGAAAUCUACCAUGCUGACAAAGUCCUUCCCAAUGGGGACUACUAUACAGGCCAGUGGUCCGAUAGUUUCCCACAUGGACGAGGCAAGUACUUGUGGACAGACGGCUGUAUGUACGUCGGAGAAUGGUUCAGAGGGAAAACCAUGGGCAGAGGAAGGUUCAGUUGGCCUUCUGGGGCUACAUAUGAGGGUGAGUUCAAAACUGGGUAUAUGGAUGGGACUGGUACAUAUACAGGACCAAGUGGUGAUACUUACAAGGGACAGUGGAUCAUGAACUUGAAACACGGAAAUGGGACUAAGAAUUUUGCCAGUGGGGAUGUUUAUGAAGGAGAAUGGAGGCGUGGUUUGCAGGAAGGUCAGGGUAAAUAUCAAUGGAACAAUGGGAAUCAUUAUAUUGGGGAAUGGAAAAAUGGAGAGAUAUGUGGUAAAGGAACAUUCAUUUGGAGUAAUGGGAAUAGGUAUGAUGGGUAUUGGGAAGAUGGUGUCCCUAAAGGGAAUGGAACUUUCAAAUGGACUGAUGGCAGUUUCUAUGUCGGGAAUUGGAGUAGAGAUCCAAGUGAGCAAAAUGGAACUUAUUAUCCAUCUGGGUCUUCCCCUGAUGCACAUCUUGAUUGGGACCCUCAGGAGGUUUAUAAUGUUGAUUUGGCUGAUUGUUCAGUUUGUCCCAAUGAGAAGGUCUCCAUUUUGCCAUCUCAGAAGAAGCUUGCCGUUUGGAGGUCAACAAAAGGUGUUUCUGAUAGCGGUAAGCCUAGGAGAUCGUCGGUCGAUGGAAGGGUGAGUGUUGGGAUUGAGAGGCCAUUUGAUAGAAUGAGAAUGUGGGAUGCAGGCGGUGAAGAAUUUGUUGGUGAUAGGACUUCAUCUGUGGGCAGAGAAUUUGAUGAUGAUUUGUUAGGUCUUUGUGAGGAUGUGAAUUCAAGAGGGACACCUCAACAGCAAAUCAGAGUUUCAAGGAAGGCCAAGAGACAAGGGGAGACUAUAUGCAAAGGACACAAAAAUUAUGAACUUAUGCUCAAUUUGCAAUUAGGAAUCAGGCAUGCUGUUGGAAGACCAGGACCAGCUGCAUACUUUGAUCUGAAGCCCUCAGCUUUUGACCCCAAAGAAAAAGUUUGGACCAGAUUUCCUCCAGAAGGAACUAAACAUACUCCGCCACACCAGUCCACUGAAUUCAAAUGGAAGGACUACUGUCCAUUAGUUUUCAGGACUCUGAGGAAGCUAUUCAAGGUGGAUCCAGCUGAUUACAUGUUAUCUAUCUGUGGGAACGAUGCUCUUCGGGAACUUUCUUCUCCUGGUAAAAGUGGUAGCUUCUUUUAUUUGACCAACGAUGAUCGCUACAUGAUAAAGACAAUGAAGAAGGCAGAAGUGAAAGUGCUUUUAAGGAUGCUUUCAGCGUAUUAUAACCAUGUUCGAGCCUUUGAGAAUACUUUAGUUACCAAAUUUUAUGGCCUUCACUGUGUAAAGCUGAUGGGGCAACCCAUCCAGAAAAAGGUAAGAUUCAUUAUUAUGGGGAAUCUUUUCUGUACAGAAUAUCCAGUUCACAGACGUUUCGACUUGAAAGGUUCUGUUCUAGGCCGUACAACAGAUAAGCCUGAGACAGAAAUUGAUGAAACCACAAUCCUUAAAGACCUUGAUCUUAAUUUCAUAUUUCGACUUCAGAAGUCAUGGUUUCAGGAAUUUUGCAGACAAAUUGAUAGAGAUUGUGAGUUCCUUGAACAGGAGAGAAUUAUGGAUUAUAGUCUUUUGGUAGGUCUACAUUUCAGAAAUGUUUCAGCUGCUGGGGAUCUGAUAGCUUCUGGAUCUCGAACUCCCACCGGUGAUGAGAGUGAUGGAACUCCCCAACUUUCAAGAGCAGAUAUGGACCAGCUUCUUUUAGACCCAUCCAGGUGGGCUAGCAUAAAGUUGGGGUUGAACAUGCCAGCGCGGGUUGAGAAGACGGUGAGAAGAAACGAAUGUGAAUUUCAGCUUGUAGGAGAACCAACAGGGGAGUACUAUGAUGUUAUAAUGUUCUUUGGUGUCAUAGACAUACUUCAGGAUUAUGACAUUAGCAAGAAGCUUGAGCAUGCUUACAAAUCCAUUCAAUAUGAUCCUACUUCUAUUUCAGCCGUUGAUCCUAAACAAUACUCCAGGCGGUUUCGUGAUUUCAUAUUCAAAGUUUUUGCUGAAGAUGAGUGAUAAAGAGAGAAACACCAUAUCAGCAAUCAGAAAAGCUGCAAUAUUUGUGGUUAAAUUCUUCUGUGUUUGACAGGAAAUCACUUUUUAGAGUUCUCAGCAAAGUCACAGCCCUUGGCUUUGCAUAAAAUUUCAUCAUUUUGAAGGCUCAUCUGUGGUUUGCAGUCACAAUCUUUUAGUUCUUUUCUAUUAUUUUCUUCAUUAAUAUACAUAUAUACAUACAUAUAUGCAGCUAGAUAUACCAUAUUAUGUACUGAAAGUUUUGACUGUUCCCGUGAGAGGAGCAUUGACAGUAUACUCCGUUGUAAAACUAUUAAAAUUUGUUGUCCUAAUCAAUUUUUUCUGUGUUCAGAUAUUGAGAGAUGUUUGGGAUUGUAGAAUUUGUUUGUACAUGUAGGGAAAAAAAAUAUGGUAAUGGAUUUUCCGAUUUUGUUUUUUGUUACGGAAGAUGUAAUAACAGAGUUCUCCAAGUUAUUAGAGACAUUUAACAUUUCCUAAUUUGCAUGGACAUUC